AUCGAUAAGACAUUUCUGAUUCUGUUUAUCUUUAUUUCCUUUGUGGCAAAAGUUCCCAUCGUUGGUUGGUUCCCGCAAACGUGCCUUGAAUCCGGAGUUUCCCUGCGGUCCCUGAAGGCAGCACGGAGAGGAAGGAGCCGUGGCAGCGCUGCUGUCACAAAGCUAACGCUGCUGUCACGAAGCUAACGCUAACGUCCAUGAACCGCUGCAGCUUUGUCAACAUGCUCCUCCGUGUUCAUCCAGGCUGUGUGUCGACCGAUCGUAGCUCUGCUGCUUCCUCUACAGCCUGUUAACACUUUCACGAUGGAGUGUUUGAACGAGCCCAGCUAGCCCAGCUAGCAUACUCUUUCUUCGUCGUAGCUACAAUCAUUGGAGCAGCUAACCAGAACGAGCUGUUGUUAGCUUAAAGCUGCUGAACAUGGCGAUUGUGUCUGGUUCCUGUGCCAGGGUGAACGGCUCCAGGAAUGGGCCGUCGGUGUCAGCUACACCUUCUGGAUCUGUGGGGCAGUCUCAGCCCAUGAUCGCGGUGUGGGAAUGGCAGGAUGACCUGGGGUACUGGCGGCCUUACAGCGGCCAGGUGAGCGCCUACAUCGAGCGGUGUCUGGCUCCGCGGGGCCAGAGAGGAGGGGGACCCGGCUCAACGAGCAUCUGCCUCGGACAAUCAGACCCCAGCCUGUCGCCUUAUCUCAUCGACAUACCGAGCCUGAAACAGUUCCGGCAGGACACAGGAAAGACCCGGUCCGUUCGCCGCUCCCUGUUCGCCCAGUCCUCGGGCCUGGGCAGUGGUGUGUACUGGGAAUGGGCCAACGAUGAAGGAGGUUGGACUCCGUAUGAGACUCGAACCUCCAUCCUUCUGGAGCACAGCUACCAGGCCCGCCAGGGUACGGCAGACCUGGGUCCACAUGGAUACAACUACAUCGUGGAUCUCACAUCUUUGGCACAGGUCAACAAAGCGACGGGCUUCAGGCGGCAGGUCCGACGGCAGUGUAACCUCCCCUACCCGCUGGCCUCUGCCGGACCGCCGGCCAUCCCGUCGGGCCCGGCCUGCUCCUGUCAGCAGUGUUUGAGCCACAGCAGCACCGGACCCAUGCCCAGCCGCUCACGACACUCCUUCUCGUCAGGCAGCCUGAACCGGCCCAGCCUCCAGGGGCCAGGACGGGCUGUAGCUGCUCACCCCACCUCUGUCUACUCCCCGUACCCCAGGAGACCCCUCUCAGUGGGGGGCAUGUCCUGGGGCAGCCCCUGGCCUCCCCCGGCCUCUGGUAGUCAGCUGUCUGCUCCCCUGCUGACCAGUUCGUCCAGUGCCAACGGGUUGAGCGUUCCCUCCAUCUCUGUGCAGCUGAACGGAUCCACCAGUGUGAGCUCUGCCCUGGCAGGCAUGGCCUCCAUUUUGAUGUCAGCAGUGGGACUCGGCGUGCACUUCACCUCUGCCCCCCUCCCUCAGCAGCAGCAGCAGCUUCAGCAGCAGCAGCAGCAGCAGCAGCAGCAGCAGCAGCUUCAGCAGCAGCAGCAGCUUCAGCAGCUCCACCAGCAGCAGCAACCUGCUCCCUUCUCUCUUCCUCCUCCUCUCCUCCCCCCCGCCAGCAGGCCCAGCAAGCCCCCCACCUCCACCUCCACCAGCAGCAGCAGCAGCAGCAGUUCAGUUAGGAGAGCAAAGAGGCAGCACAGGAGAGCGUCGGCUCAGAGACCUGAGGAGGUGAUCCAGCGCUACAUGGAGGUGGUGGCCGGAGUACCAGACGAGGACUGCAUCAUCUGCAUGGAUCAGCUGUCCAAUCCGUCCGGCUACGAGACAGCGUCCUCGGAGGAGGGAGGACAGAGCAUCCUGCCAGACACUGUGGGGAAGUUCAUCAAGUGUGGACAUACACUGCACAUGCUCUGCAUGCUGGCCAUGUACAACAACGGGACAAAGGACGGCAGUCUGCAGUGCCCCUCGUGUAAGACAAUCUACGGAGAGAAGACCGGCACGCAGCCAAAAGGCAAGAUGGAGAUUUACAGCAUCGCCCAGUCGCUGCCGGGUCACGCAGACUGUGGCACCAUCCAGAUCAUCUACAGCAUCCCACCUGGAUUACAGGGUCCAGAACAUCCGAACCCCGGACAGCCGUUCACCUGUAGAGGCUUCCCUCGCUUCUGCUUCCUACCAGACAACGACAAAGGCAGGAAGGUCCUGGAGCUGCUGAAGGUGGCGUGGAUGCGUCGCCUCAUCUUCACAGUGGGAACGUCGAGCACCACCGGCGAGCCCGACACGGUGGUGUGGAACGGCAUCCACCACAAAACAGAGAUGAUGUCCAACCUGUCGGGCCACGGCUACCCCGACCCAAACUACCUGGACAAUGUUCUGUCUGAGCUGGCCUCUCAGGGCGUGACAGAGGACUGCCUCAAACCUCCGGGCGGCGGCAGCGGCAGCGGCAGCAGCAGCUAGGUCACAGCUCCCAGCUCCACACGCUCCCUCUCGCUGCUGAGUCAACCCUUCAGAGUCCACCUGAUAUCCAGGUGGACCUCGUGCACCCUCUGUUUGUUAGUCAGUUCAUGUCAGCAUCCGAGCGAAGGGGGAAGUGAGCGGGACGGACGUGUGGAAGCGUCGAGGAGCUCUGCUACAUUCCUGCUCAUCAUGUAUUCCAGGAGAUAAACUCAGAAACGCUGAGCCUCGUUCUCAUCCUGGAGAUUGUGCUUCUGUUUUAUUUUUGUUUCAUUUUCCAUCAAGAGCCUCAUCUGUGUCCCCGAGUCCAGCUCCCACGAGACGGGCAGCUCUCACCGGGGAUGAAAAUCUCAUUAAGCACUUUAGUUCUGACGGUGCAUUUAGCUGACGAGAUGGUGAAGGGCAGGUAACUUGUUUUCAAAUUGGGAGGUUAUGCAAUUAAAGUGUUUCUGCUGAAAAGCUUUGUGUUGGACACAAAGACACACUGAAACUUCUAGUAGCAACGUGAGAAUAUAUUAGCCUGAUCUGAUGAGACGAGGCAACACUGACCUGAUGUACAUAAACAUUAAACAAACAGUGAUGUAAAAAAAAAAAAAAAGAAGAAGAAGAAGAAGAAGCUGGUCGGGAGAGUAAAGUUGUCUUUUUUAACAUUUUAUCACUAAUUUGAUGAUCUUACUGACGUCUAAUGCACUCCUCACAGUUUCAUUUCUCGACUCUGCAGCGACUCGUCUGCAGGCGCCGUUUGUCACUUAAUGUUUCUGUUGCCGUGCGAGAGGACGAGGUGACAUCACUUCCUUUUGUCCCAACAGACGGCGAACAUGAGAUUAAAGGAAAAAAAGAGAACAUUUUACAGUGUGACAAUCAAGGUCAUCGAACUCGUCUUGAUUAAACAAGACACGUGGAGCUGCGGCGAGCGCGUUAACGCUCCCGCCGGCUGCAGCCUCACCUCCUGUAUCCACAUGCAUUAAUCUGCUCACAGUACUGCAGUUCAGUCGCUGAAACGACUCGUGUAUACAAGCAAAACUGGAAAAAAAAAGUCUGCAAUAAAGAAAUACAGCAACUGAA